GGAUCUGUGAAUUUUUUCGUCUAUUCGAUGUUUGCUUCAAGUAUCUCUCCAAUGAUUCUAUUUUCUGUAAAUUCUUCUUUAAACUUAGUUAUAUGCUUUAGAUCUUGUUUAUUUUGACUAGCUGUGUUUAUGCAUGCAGUGCCUGUGCUAGCCUUUUUUCUUUUGUCUAGACGAUAUCUAUUCAGAAAGGUCCUAAGGAAAUCUUAAUUGGAGUUUUUUUUUUCCUGUGGGGGUCCAAGAGUUGUAAAUUUCACCAACUGUGGUUGAGAAAUUAGGGAAUUCGGAAAUGUGAAAAAGCUGUUCACUCCUCCACGAGAGGUGCAUGUUCAAGUAACCCAUUCCAUGCCACCCGAAAAGAUUGAAAUUUUCGAUUCUCUGCGUGGUUGGGCUGAAAACAAUAUCUUGGUGCACCUAAAGCCUGUCGAGAAAUGUUGGCAGCCUACUGAUUUUCUUCCCGAUCCUGCGUCUGAGGGAUUCGAUGAGCAGGUCAGGGAGCUAAGGGAAAGGUGUAAGGAGAUUCCCGACGACUACUUUGUUGUAUUAAUUGGGGAUAUGAUCACGGAAGAGGCGCUUCCGACUUAUCAGACCAUGAUAAACACUCUGGACGCCGUUCGUGAUGAAACUGGUGCCAGCCUCACUCCCUGGGCUAUUUGGACUAGGGCGUGGACAGCUGAGGAAAAUAGGCACGGUGAUCUUCUCAACAAAUAUCUUUAUCUUUCUGGAAGAGUUGAUAUGAAGCAAAUUGAAAAGACAAUCCAGUACCUGAUUGGUUCUGGGAUGGAUCCUCGCACGGAAAACAACCCCUAUCUAGGUUUUAUCUACACUUCUUUCCAAGAAAGGGCUACCUUCAUUUCACAUGGCAACACAGCUAGGCUCGCCAAGGAGCACGGGGAUAUGAAACUAGCACAAAUAUGUGGUACUAUUGCUGCAGACGAGAAGCGCCAUGAAACUGCAUAUACAAAGAUCGUCGAGAAGCUACUUGAGGUUGACCCUGAUGGCGCCGUAAUGGCUAUUGGUGACAUGAUGAAGAAAAAAAUCUCAAUGCCAGCUCAUCUGAUGUAUGACGGGAGGGAUGACAACCUUUUCGAACACUUCUCUGCUGUAGCUCAACGGCUUGGUGUAUACACUGCCAAGGACUAUGCAGAUAUUCUGGAAUUCCUUGUGGCGAGAUGGGAAGUGGAAAAGUUGACCGGUCUCUCUAGUGAAGGACGCAGAGCACAAGAUUAUGUAUGUGGACUGGCUCCGCGAAUUAGAAAAUUGGAGGAGAGAGCACAAGCAAGGGCCAAGCAGCGAAGUUCCGUUCCUUUCAGCUGGAUUUUUGGUAAAGAGAUUAAGAUAUGAAUGCAGUGUUGGAGGGCAAUGUCAUUACUUUCUUAUCAGUAUAUUUGCCAUAGAUUUAUGUUAUGAAAAAACUUUGCUAGUAUGGUAUGAAGUCUGUGCAGUGGAGUUAAAGUUAGUCUUUGUUUUUCUUUUUGCAAUUGUGUUUAGGCCAUAGGGUUUUUACAUAGUUAUUAUUAGCAAUAAAGAUGAACCUUUUGGUGCCC